AUGGCGCCCUCAACCAUUCCUCUGCUGGUGAGUGGAAUGCUAGCGACGGGCAUCAGCAACAGCAUCUUCAGCAAGUAUCAGGACAUGCAGUGUGUGGAGCACUGCACACCCGGCGAUGAUCAUUCCAGGGUCGACUUUAGUCAACCAGUCUGGCAGGUGAGUCCGCGUUCAGCCGAGCGCCAACCAAGUCAUUUUGACCAGCACCAACGUCAUGGUUGGCUCACCUUUCGGGUCCGCUUGGUCGUCGCGCUCUUUGCAGACAUCACAGAUGUUCUUAGGAGAGUGUCUGUGCUUGCUACCUCCCCUGUUCAUGGCUCUAUACGCUUGGGUGCAAAGCAAGCGAGAAGCUCCCUUGUUCAAAGGCGGUCAGGGCACAUCUGCCUACGAGCCGCUGUCGGACGACCCGUACGCAGUGAAUGCCUUGCUCGACGACCCGCAGUCCGACGACUCGGCAUUCAAUGCGUACGCUGGUGCGAGCGGUAUCAAUCGCGGCGCAGAGCCAGGCUCUUCCGCUUUCAGCUUCCUCAUGCCGAGCCACUGGUUGGGCGAACAAGGAAGCUCUUCGGCCUUUUCCCGCCUCGUGCCUGCCUUCUGGCCAGUGUGGAAGGCCCCGCCUAAGCCCGCUUCCACUUUGCAUUCAGGCACCGCAUCUCUGCCAGGUAUCGGCGCAUCGUAUGUACCGCGAAGGAGCGCGCCGAUGCAUCGACCUAGUCCUCUUGGCCAACCUCCUACAGGGUCUAACAAUGCUUGGGAUGAGAGAAUACCUGCUAACGCCUCUGCGGAAGCUACAGGUCUCGAAGAUGUCGCCGAAGAGGAUGUAGAAGCGGAUCUCGACGAAGCGGAGGCAGACGCGGACGCGGAUACUGAUGCUACAGACAAUGGCGCACUAAAGGGCAGGGCCAUCUUUCUCUUCGUCUUGCCAGCCGCUUGCGAUAUCUGCGGCACUACAUUGGUGAGUGCAAGGUCAAGCAGCCAAUACCGCGCACCUCAAUCCUCAUCAUGACGCCGGGCAACACACUUGCAGAUGAACGUUGGGCUUCUCUUCACACCAGUGUCCAUCUAUCAAAUGACGCGUGGAGCCCUCGUGCUCUGGGUUGGUGUCUUCAGCGUCAUCUUCCUGCAGCGUCACCUUUUCCUGUUCCAGUGGCUAAGCCUGCUGACCGUCAUGCUUGGCGUAUGCAUCGUCGGUAUCAGCGGUACUUUGCUAAGCCCUGGCGGUAGCGGCGGAACAGAGAGCCUGUACUCCAACAUGGUCGGAGUCACGCACGCUGGCGCAGCCGCGGUGCGGAGAUCUUUAGAGAACACCAUCGCGCGACGCAGCGUAUUGGCAGCAUCGCGUAGAAGCGGAGCGGAGGGUGCUGGUGCUGGUCACUCCGAAGAGACUCUUCAAGCGUUCCUGGGCGUGCUUCUAAUCUUGUUUGCCCAGCUUUUCACUGCUGGCCAAUUCGUUCUCGAAGAGAAGAUCAUGGGCAGGUAUAGCGUUGAACCUCUGUGAGUAAAAUCGCAAAAAGUCGAGCGAUCCACAAAGCGUGACGUGCUUAGACCGCAUUGCUGCCUUGCCGCACCUUUUGCAAAUUGCAGUCUUGCGGUCGGCUACGAAGGCCUCUUUGGCUUCACCAUGACGCUCUCCGCUCAGGUUCUGCUUCACUAUUUCUAUGGCCGUACACCACGCGGUCAAGGCGGCUACUUUGACAUGGUCACGGGCUGGCAGCAGAUGAUCAGCAACAAUGCGGUGCUAUGGAGCAGUUUGGCCAUCUGUCUCAGCAUCGCACUCUUCAACUUUUUCGGUCUCAGUGUGACGAGAAGCGUCAGCGCUACGGCUAGGAGCACGAUUGAUACCUGCAGGACUCUAGGCAUCUGGGCCGUCAGUCUGGUACUGGGAUGGGAAGUCUUUAGGCCCCUCAGCGGAUCUUUGCAGCUGUGAGCAUGCUCGAGGCAUACCUUUGAGCUUCGGAGCGCCAAGCGGCCGCUUUUGCAAAACGCGGCAGUCACAUUUUGCUAACGCUCCUCUCUUUCCUCGUGAUGAUCAUACACAGGCUCGGUUUUGCGCUCUUGUGCGCCGCCACGCUACUCUUCAAUGGGGUCAUCUCUGUGCGCUUCUUGCCGCGCUGGCUCAGACCUUCCCGAGGGCCUGCAAUGGCACGCCUGCGCGACGCUUCGCGAUCAAGGUCGCAAAGUCGCGCCUCGGCGGCAGCAGCUGCGGCUGCGAACAGUAGAGAUCUAAGAAGGUCUGCCACUCAGAAUAAUGCUGCUGUCGCUGUUGCCUCGGCCGCUUCAGAGUACGCAGAGGAGAACGCUCCGAGAGGCAGACAGGCAACAUAG